AAAGUAAAAAUCCAAAAGCUGUCCUGCACUCUACUGUAGCUCUCGAACUCGAAGUACUGAACCAGCAGGUCCAGCACAACACAACCCACAUGUCAUAUGCACCUAAACAGCGUACGCUUUGUUUCUUGAGAAAAUCUAGCCCAGAAAAUACGGCCUUUUCUUUCUCGCUCUGAUUUCUACUUGGUUUGGAGAGCCAUGAGAGCUUUUCUCCUCUAUCUUUCUGUUGUUGCUAUUUUGUUUGCUUGCACAUUUCAGUUUCAAGCUCAUGGUGCUCCUGCAGAUUUUGGGUAUGCAGGACCUUUGAUUAAACACUUGUCUUCUCUGCUGAAAUGGACCAGGUCAGCUACCAAAACACCCCAACAAGAUGGGAAUGUCCUUCAAUUUGAGAAUGGGUAUCUAGUGGAGACUGUUGUGGAGGGAAAUGAGAUCGGAGUGGUUCCUUACAAAAUUCGGGUCUCCGAGGAUGGUGAAUUAUUCGCUGUUGAUGCUAUUAACAGCAACGUUGUCAAAAUCACGCCCCCACUGUCCCAGUAUAGUAGGGCAAGACUUGUUGCUGGGUCAUUUCAGGGUUACACAGGGCAUGUUGAUGGAAAACCAAAUGAAUCUCGUUUCAAUCGUCCCAAAGGCAUUACUAUGGAUGACAAGGGGAAUGUGUAUGUUGCUGAUACAUUGAACCAUGCCAUCAGAAAAAUUGGAGAUGCUGGUGUUACAACCAUUGCUGGAGGGAAAUCAAAUGUUGCUGGCUAUAGAGAUGGGCCUGGUGAGGAUGCAAAAUUGUCAAAUGAUUUUGAUGUGGUAUACGUUCGGCCCACCUGUUCACUGUUGAUUAUCGAUAGAGGAAAUGCUGCUCUUCGACAAAUCUCUCUCAACCACGAGGAGUGCGAUUACCAAUCCAGUUCUAUUUCAGCCUCAGACGUUUUUAUGGUUGUUGGUGCUGUCUUGGUUGGAUAUGCUUUCUGCAUCCUGCAGCAAGGGUUUGGGCCUUCUUUCUUUGCAAGAACCACUCAACAAACUUCAGAAAGUGAAUAUAAGGAUCAAACAAGCAAGGAGAAACCCUCUUCUGUAAUGGACAGCAUGAAAGAGGAACCUGGGUGGCCAUCAUUUGGACAGCUUAUCAUCGAUCUGUCUAAACUUGCAGUGGAAGCUUUGGGUGGUGUUUGCCUUUAUUUCGUCCCUUCUCGAUUCAGAUCAGGGGGAUCAAAGAAAGGCCUUACACCAUUGAAAGAUCGCUUAAAGUUGCCUGAAGAUGAAGCUGAGACUCCAUUAGUUCACAGACAGAGCACUUUUCCCUCUCUUUCUGAAACCCGGCAGGUCAAUGCAGCUAAUGCUAGUGAUAAAUAUUCAGAAGCAAAGGCCCCAAAAAUCAAAUCAGCUAGUUUUAAGGAUCCGUCCGUGUCAGGCAAGCACCGAUCAUCUAAGCGACAAGAAUAUCCUGAAUAUUUCGGAUCAGGUGAAGUGCCUUCAUAUACAAGGUCUAAGACUCAGAAAGAAAGGACACGACAUCGUCAGCGAGACAAAAGUGGAGAGGCAGGUGUCAAUGCAGUUGGUGCAGAGACGAAACCUGUUGACAUGAAUCCAGUGAACUAUGAAAACCCAAAGUUCAAUUAUAAUAUCAGGAGCAAGUAUACAUCUGAUCAUUCCUACCGUUAUUGAAGAAAAAUGCCUUGAUGCUUAUUAUUUUUGCCUUGGCCUUGAGCUGGUUUUGUGCUGGGCAUGUUUUCAUAUGAAUACUAGAGAUCUUUAAU